AGGAAGAUGACCUCAGAAGACAAACAAAAGAACUGGAAAUGAAGAAGAAGCAAUUACAGAGUGAAAGAGAAAAAGUGGAGAGUCUGAUGAGGAAUCUCAACAAGAAGCAAGAAGAGCUUGAACGUGCAAAGGAAAUCAUGAGUGAAGAAAAAGAAGAGGUGAAACAGAUGAAGACUGACAUUGCCAAAGAACGAGAACUGUUGUUGAAGGAACGGAGAAAUAUGGAAGAAGAGCGGUCUGAGAUGGAAAUGAGAGGAGACCAAGUCAUGGAUGAAAUGAAAUCAAUAGAGAUUCUGAAAGUGAAACUUCAACAACUGAAAGAGGAUAUAAAAGCUAAAACGGACAGAUUACUACAAAAUGUUGACAACAGGUCCAUGCUGCAAACAGUGUUGGAAGAAAAACUUACAACUCAAGACAAACAGAAAGAAAACAUUUGCUAUUUCACUGAAAUGUUAGAGACGGAAAGGGAAGGUGUGAGAACUAUCCUUUCAGACAUGAUCACCAAGAGAGAAUGCACAGAAAAAGAAUGGAAGCAGCAGUUUGAACUGGACAAACGAGAUCUUGAUAAACUGAAAGAAGAUCUGAGACAAGACAGAGAAGAUCUGGAGAGAGAAAGUGAGGUGCUGAAUAAAGAGAAAAUGGAUUUGGAGCUGUUGAUGUCUGACAUGAAGAAACAAUUUGAAAUAUUGGAAGAAAAGAGACAAAAUGUAAAGAAGAGAGAGACUCAAUGGAGAAAAGUGGAGAGUCUGAUGAGGAAUCUCAACAAGAAGCAAGAAGAGCUUGAACGUGCAAAGGAAAUCAUGAGUGAAGAAAAAGAAGAGGUGAAACAGAUGAAGACUGACAUUGCCAAAGAACGAGAACUGUUGUUGAAGGAACGGAGAAAUAUGGAAGAAGAGCGGUCUGAGAUGGAAAUGAGAGGAGACCAAGUCAUGGAUGAAAUGAAAUCAAUAGAGAUUCUGAAAGUGAAACUUCAACAACUGAAAGAGGAUAUAAAAGCUAAAACGGACAGAUUACUACAAAAUGUUGACAACAGGUCCAUGCUGCAAACAGUGUUGGAAGAAAAACUUACAACUCAAGACAAACAGAAAGAAAACAUUUGCUAUUUCACUGAAAUGUUAGAGACGGAAAGGGAAGGUGUGAGAACUAUCCUUUCAGACAUGAUCACCAAGAGAGAAUGCACAGAAAAAGAAUGGAAGCAGCAGUUUGAACUGGACAAACGAGAUCUUGAUAAACUGAAAGAAGAUCUGAGUCAAGACAGAGAAGAUCUGGAGAGAGAAAGUGAGGUGCUGAAUAAAGAGAAAAUGGAUUUGGAGCUGUUGAUGUCUGACAUGAAGAAACAAUUUGAAAUAUUGGAAGAAAAGAGACAAAAUGUAAAGGAAGAGAGAGACUCAAUGGAAAUCAUGAAGCUUGAACUGCUCAAUAAGAUGGAACAUGUAAAAAGGCUGUUAAAUGAGGCAAAUAAAGAAAAAGCCAAUAUUAAAGUUUGUAUCCUUCAGGUUCAAACGGAAAAAGAAAGACUUGAAGACAUUUUAAGCAAGAUUUUCUUAACACAUAGUGAACAAAAAGUCAAGGAAGAUGACCUCAGAAGACAAACAAAAGAACUGGAAAUGAAGAAGAAGCAAUUACAGAGUGAAAGAGAAAAAGUGGAGAGUCUGAUGAGGAAUCUCAACAAGAAGCAAGAAGAGCUUGAACGUGCAAAGGAAAUCAUGAGUGAAGAAAAAGAAGAGGUGAAACAGAUGAAGACUGACAUUGCCAAAGAACGAGAACUGUUGUUGAAGGAACGGAGAAAUAUGGAAGAAGAGCGGUCUGAGAUGGAAAUGAGAGGAGACCAAGUCAUGGAUGAAAUGAAAUCAAUAGAGAUUCUGAAAGUGAAACUUCAACAACUGAAAGAGGAUAUAAAAGCUAAAACGGACAGAUUACUACAAAAUGUUGACAACAGGUCCAUGCUGCAAACAGUGUUGGAAGAAAAACUUACAACUCAAGACAAACAGAAAGAAAACAUUUGCUAUUUCACUGAAAUGUUAGAGACGGAAAGGGAAGGUGUGAGAACUAUCCUUUCAGACAUGAUCACCAAGAGAGAAUGCACAGAAAAAGAAUGGAAGCAGCAGUUUGAACUGGACAAACGAGAUCUUGAUAAACUGAAAGAAGAUCUGAGACAAGACAGAGAAGAUCUGGAGAGAGAAAGUGAGGUGCUGAAUAAAGAGAAAAUGGAUUUGGAGCUGUUGAUGUCUGACAUGAAGAAACAAUUUGAAAUAUUGGAAGAAAAGAGACAAAAUGUAAAAGAAGAGAGAGACUCAAUGGAAAUCAUGAAGCUUGAACUGCUCAAUAAGAUGGAACAUGUAAAAAGGCUGUUAAAUGAGGCAAAUAAAGAAAAAGCCAAUAUUAAAGUUGUAUCCUUCAGGUUCAAACGGAAAAAGAAAGACUUGAAGACAUUUUAAGCAAGAUUUUCUUAACACAUAGUGAACAAAAAGUCAAGGAAGAUGACCUCAGAAGACAAACAAAAGAACUGGAAAUGAAGAAGAAGCAAUUACAGAGUGAAAGAGAAAAGUGGAGAGUCUGAUGAGGAAUCUCAACAAGAAGCAAGAAGAGCUUGAACGUGCAAAGGAAAUCAUGAGUGAAGAAAAAGAAGAGGUGAAACAGAUGAAGACUGACAUUGCCAAAGAACGAGAACUGUUGUUGAAGGAACGGAGAAAUAUGGAAGAAGAGCGGUCUGAGAUGGAAAUGAGAGGAGACCAAGUCAUGGAUGAAAUGAAAUCAAUAGAGAUUCUGAAAGUGAAACUUCAACAACUGAAAGAGGAUAUAAAAGCUAAAACGGACAGAUUACUACAAAAUGUUGACAACAGGUCCAUGCUGCAAACAGUGUUGGAAGAAAAACUUACAACUCAAGACAAACAGAAAGAAAACAUUUGCUAUUUCACUGAAAUGUUAGAGACGGAAAGGGAAGGUGUGAGAACUAUCCUUUCAGACAUGAUCACCAAGAGAGAAUGCACAGAAAAAGAAUGGAAGCAGCAGUUUGAACUGGACAAACGAGAUCUUGAUAAACUGAAAGAAGAUCUGAGACAAGACAGAGAAGAUCUGGAGAGAGAAAGUGAGGUGCUGAAUAAAGAGAAAAUGGAUUUGGAGCUGUUGAUGUCUGACAUGAAGAAACAAUUUGAAAUAUUGGAAGAAAAGAGACAAAAUGUAAAGAAGAGAGAGACUCAAUGGAAAUCAUGAAGCUUGAACUGCUCAAUAAGAUGGAACAUGUAAAAAGGCUGUUAAAUGAGGCAAAUAAAGAAAAAGCCAAUAUUAAAGUUUGUAUCCUUCAGGUUCAAACGGAAAAAGAAAGACUUGAAGACAUUUUAAGCAAGAUUUUCUUAA